AUGCCGCCGCCGGACGAGUUGGCGAAGAGGAAGGACGCGCCGCUGCGGGGGAAAAACGCCGCGCGCCGCUGCAGCGGGAGACGCGCCAAGCACCGCGACGCCCUGGACUUGGGCGACCACCUCCUGCGCGCCUCCGACCGCGAAAAGUUCGACCUGCUACACUUCGGCGACAAAGACUUGUCGUUGUCGUCGUCGUCGUCGUCAUGCCCCCUUCCUCCGCUCCCCCCUAACAAACUCUUCUGCCUACUCCUCUCCUGCUCCCUCAAACUAAGCUGCUCCUGCUCAGGCGACCACGAGAAGGAUCCCGACGACGGCCUCCCCGGCGACCCCCACCUCGACCUCUGCUCGUUCGUACCACAACACUCCCCCGUCGGCAAGAAGCGCCACCUACAAUGCGGGUUCCGACCGAUGUUCCUCUUCCGCCUCCUCAAACAAUCCUUCCGCCUCCCCUUCCCCAUGAGCCACGUCUGCUUACACGCCUGGUACUGCGAACUAGGCCUCCCUCCACUCAAGUUAGAACGAAUAAGAAGAGCGCGUCCGAGCGAGGGACGACCUGACCUUGCGGGCGUUAUCGAAGACGCGUCCGACGCCGUUCGGGUUGGAGAGGCAGCUUCGCCCGAUGUUCGCGCAGACGGGCGGCUGCCUGGUGCGGCCGCGUAG